UUUUUAAUCCCACAAUUGCCGACGGUUCAAGUCUAGGGGCCACUGAGCGGCCACUGCGACCCCCUAACAGCUCUGUCCCCCACCCCCCAGUUGUCGAGGUAAAUGUAAAUGCAAGCUGUCCAGCCGCUCACACAAGUGAGCUUCAGGUGAUUUAGGGGGGUAGAUUUGACCGCACGGGGCAAUGUGCGCUCGGCUCGCUUCGUGGCCCUGCUAGGCAGCGUGGUGACGCCAUCUCUACCUCAAGGGGUAUCGCGGUGUUUGUAAAAUAUACUUCUUGGGAAGUGUUUCGUUGACAAUUUGUCCCAAACAUGUACCCGGAAUGCAAUGUGUCGGGAACCUUCGUUGUUGUUACAAUUUCACUUUGAAUACCAAUGGACGCGUGCGUAUGUGUUUGAUUUUCGAAGGGUUUACCUUGCUACUCAUUAUCCACGAAAUGGGUUCUUCUUCAUAUGCCAAAUUAAGAGUGUUAAUCUGGAAACAGUCUUAUAUUUUCUUAAUAUAUCUUUGCUAUAUAUGUUAUAUAUUAUCGGGGUCCCAUAGUAUGUAUAGUGUGUACAAUGCGAUCACCAACUAUUAUUUACUCCAUCUCUGUGCUUUGUAGAAGCUCAAUGCUUCACCUAUUGUAUGUAAUAUUCUCUUUACGGCCACAGUGUUAUUGACGAGUAGGCAGUGUGCUCCCUUAUUAAAUAGGAUGCCAACUCACCCCGGCAGGUGCAGUCACCUCUCCACGAAUGGAAAAUAAAAUAAUGAAUCAAACGUGCCUGCGGGGCACAGCAAAAAAGAGUGGAACACAUCGCGAGUCGGCGUGUCUCCAUGCGAGUCGAUGGGUGUGUGUGUGUGAGUCUAUGGGUCUCUGUGUGAGUCUGUGUUUCCGUGUGAGUCUAUGGGUCUCCGUGUGAGUAUGGGUCUCCGUGUGAGCUCCUGUCUCAUUGCGAGAAUUCUCCAAGGACACGAGUGGCAUAGACUGCAGACCCUUGGCUCUCCUCUGAAGCCAGCAAUCAGCAGCUGGAUAUACAAUUUAGACAUCGAUAAAUACAUGUUUGCUACUCAAUUCAUAUCCGUACGAAGGAGAGUGACAAAUAUCGUCAUCUCAAGUGGAAACACACCGCGAGCCUGCGUGUCUCUAUGUGCGUCAAUGGGUCUCUGUGCGAUUCGAUGGGUCUUUGUGUGAGUCGAUAGGUCUCCGUGUGAGUCUAUGGGUUUCUGUGUGAGCCUAUGAACAUAGCUGCGUGGCGAGUUUGGAGUGAACGGUACGCAGGGAUUUAUGAUUCACUUGAUUGGUUUUCUCGGACACACGGAAGGAUGUGAAUAUUUGUUUUGCUAGCAUAGGGUAAAGCUACGAGCAGAAACACAAUUAUCACAAGGUAACGGUUGCACACCCAAUAGGCCGUGGGUGGCUUGUACACAAACAGUGAGUCCUCGUUUGCCGCGGUAGAUGCGUACCUGAAAAGAUUCGUGUUAAGCAAAAGACGCUUAAAGCUAAAAGCGCGUCAAGUGAAACCACUUUCCCCAUACGUAAUGUAACGAUAAAGUUUGACGAGAUACGAUGGACGCGUAGCAAGGUGGCGGGACAAAUUACUGAGGGUAUGCUGCCGCCGCAUGACUAUAUCAUGCCACGUACUGUAUCACUCUGCGCAGCUCAAGAAAGUAGUUUGUUAUCGACCGCUCAGAAACCGCGUUAUAACGGCGCACGUUCUACAUUAUGACGGCGUGAAUUCUGCGUUGUAACGGCGCGUUCCGCAUUAUGCGAAAAGUGUUUCCAAAAAGGAAAACACGCGUUAUAGCGAAAACGCGUUGUGUAAACACGUGUUCAGCGAACACUUGCCGUAUAUAUUUAUGAAAUAUUGUUAUCUUUAAUGUGGAGAGACAGGUAUGUUUAAAGGAGGUGCUUAUUUUGUUAUUAACAUUCUCCGGUAAUUAUUCUGUCUCAGCUAUUUAUAAAAAAAAAUGAUGUGGUCUUCUGAAGAAGGGUCAUUGCCAGAAACGUCACCUAUUAUGUUUUCUUUGUGUACUCCAAUGUAUAUAUAAUAUGACCCAAUUGUUACAUUACAGUUUGCCAGCAUUGGUUCAAGCAAGCUUGGCACUUCUGAUGUUGUGUAUACGGAAAGACAAGUGUGGAAAGGAGGCGUUGUGGGGUGUCACUCAGAUCACACCGUGAGAUAACCUCUUUGUUUGAAAAACCACCGACACACGGGCAUAUGUAGCAUAUAAAUGCAGUUUACAUGCAGUCUACAUGCAGUAUAUCGGCAAGAAUUGAGUUUCCCCGUUUGGAGCAACUUCAUGCAACAAGGAUUGAUGGAUUUCCAACGGCGCAAGUGUUGAACAGCAACAGGAGUAACAGCAAACUUCGUCACGAGCAACUUUAAUCACGGUCAACUGUUAUAACACGCAAGUUUCAUCAAAAGCGACGUUUGUCACAAGCUAUUUUAAUCUCAAGCAACUGUUAGAACAAGCAAAUGUUAUUGCAUGCAACUUUUAUCACCAACAACUACUACUCCCAACUAUCAACAUCGUCAAUAGCCAGUUAGUUGCAUCAGCUGAAAACGGACCAGCAAGCUGUACUGUGGCAUGCAACUAGUUUGAGCAAUUAAGGAGCAAUUUUAGUGGCAAAGGAGUUGCCAUUGUCGUUGAGAGGAGCAGAGGCAACAGCCACUGCUGGCCGCUACAAUCUACACAGCAGCAAUAGUACAAAUUAAAGCGACGUAUCUCGUGAUACAGAUAUACACAUAUGUACGUGCGUAUACGUACGCAUAUGUGUGCAUUCAUGUAACGUGUAUGUGAUACGAAAUAGCUUGACCCUAUGUGAAUAUAUCAUUUAAAACUUAAAUAUUUUCAAAAAAAGAUAAAGAUCCCAAACAGGAUGUUGGGCAAGUACAAUUAGCGAGAGCCUAUCGAGGCUAGAACAGAACACGAAGGGGUGGUGGUGUGGGUAGCACUGUGCCCGGCUGCCUUUGUCUCCCCAACUGCUGAUAUUGACACACUGCACUAGGGACUUAAUUUAAGGCUAAGUCGAUCUAGGCGAGGCCCAGGACAGGUUCUGAUAGCACUUGCCACUCACUGAUGUUGUUUUCCGUGGCUGGGAAUCGAACACAGGUCGCCGGGUUCGUAGCACAGUGUGCUAACCGCUGCACCACCACUCCCCACACACACGCACAUUGCAUACAUAGGCAUAGACAGAAACAUGAUUCAUACAUACAGACAUAUUUAAAGUGCGAACACAUACACGCAUAGACAACACACACACACACAUUUCAAGAGCCGCAUGGCUCUCAGGGCUAUACCUCAUAAAUGAACUGAUAUAUGUAUACAUAUACACGUCACAAGAUAACAAAGACAAAGAUCCCCUAUAGAGCAUUGACAGACUGUCGGGGCAAGUGCUGUCAGAGAACACGUCACACUAUGUAAACACGUAUACAUACACUGCAUAUACACGGAUAGAUAAACCAGCAUCUCCAUAUGUAAGCACACGCAUACAUACUGCAUACACAUACACUGAUACAUACACAAAAUAACAUUACAAUAUGUAAACGCACGUAUACAUACACAGUCCGUAGCCACAAGCUUAGACAAAGACACGCACGUACUGUUAGCGAGCACCUAUUAAGGCCAGGACGGCACACGAAGAGGUGGGUGGGCAGCACGACGGCCCGACCGUGUUUGUCUCCCCAAGUACUCGUUUGAUGCCUAGUCGAUCUCACGUAUGUAUCUAUGUAUGUUGAACUUCCAUCACACCGUACGUAGCGAACCGUGUUAAUCGGAGGUGCAGGUGAAGAACAACAAACCGCAUGCCAUUCGCCACUGUGGGUUUUUGGCAGCAAUACAUUUCCACGUGACAAGCCACUUCGUUGGGCUAUCAUUUGUGGCCAGGUCGCUUCUGAAAAAGAGCUACAUAGCUGGUGAAAUUCAAAUAGAAGUGACGGUGACUUCGCUACAACAGCGCCCGUGCCAGGCUAGGUGCACCUUGAGACGCGAUGGACGCGGAGCAACCUCGCUGGCUACAGCCACACUCUUCUGGAGCCCUCGGAGGUCUCGCGGGACUCUCAGCCCUGGACACCGCCAGCCACUCAACCUCCUUGCAUCUCCAAGGUCCCACCUCAAUGUCCCACCAUGGCUACACAGACAGCUCCACUCAUCACUCACACGAUGACCACCACCAGCAGCAGCAUCACCACCAGCAGCAGCAACAACAGCAGCAGCAGCACCUUCAUCACCAGCAGCAGCAGCAUCUGGAUGCAUUUUACAUCUCGGAUGUGCAAAGUGGCUGCUAUGGGUCUCAUCCAACCUACAGGACUUCCAUUGAGCCAUCCCUGAGCGAGAUGUCGCACAAGAUCUACGCCUCUCGUAUCUCGGGGACCGCUCCGCAUCUCCUUCCAAGUGCCCCGCCGCUGCCCUGGCUCGACGGUGCCAAGACCCUGGCGCAGCACGGCCACGCGCACCACCCGGCCAGUGGCACAUCCUGGCCGCUGGGACCACCGUUCGGCAAACCGCCACCACCGCCGCCACCUCCACCACCGCCGCCUCUUCAACCGGCCGCCAUCGGAGCCGGAGUGGCGUACAGCAGCAGCCCUUCCUCGCUGACGCCCGGAUACUCACCGAGUUACUCACCCGCUCACCACCACCACCCGGCUCACCACCACCAUCACCACCCUGCUCACCACCACCACCACCACGCUCGAGCGCACUUCUUCAACUUCGGAGGCGCGACGAGUCCGCCGAUUAAAGACGGACUCGAGAAGGACUUGGAGGCCAUGUCCGUGGUGGCAGACGGUGCUAAGGGAACGGACAUCUUAGGCGGCGGUGGUGGCAUUGGAAUUGGCGGCGUCGUUGGAGGUGGCGGUGGUGGGAUUGGUGUUGGCAUCGGUGGCACCGUCACCACAACCCACGUGCCCAUCCCCACGUACCCGGCGUACAUCCCGGCCGGUACCGAUUACGGCGCCGGCUUCUACCCGCAUGCUCAUCAUCACCACCACCACGCCUACCACCAGCCCCACCACCACCACCACCACCAUGCAGCGGCGGCAGCAGCGGCGGCGGCGGCGGCCGGGAUUCUGGGCAGAGGCACGAGUGCUCAUGGCUUCACCACCAAAUCCAAGAGCAAGGGACGCUCCGGCUCAGCGCUGAGCGAGCCUCAUGAGUCCGUUCCGGGGGGUUCGUGUGCCCUGGCAGACGGGCGCGAGUGCGUGAACUGUGGCGCCACCUCGACUCCGCUGUGGCGUCGAGACGGCACGGGCCACUACCUGUGCAACGCGUGUGGCCUCUACCACAAGAUGAAUGGGCAGAACCGGCCGCUCAUCAAGCCCAAGCGGCGCCUGUCGGCGUCGCGGCGUGCCGGCACGGCGUGCGCCAAUUGCCAGACGACGACCACCACGCUGUGGCGGAGGAACCCCAAUGGGGAGCCGGUGUGCAACGCGUGCGGCCUUUACUACAAGCUACACAAUGUGAACCGACCGAUGUCGAUGAAGAAGGAAGGAAUCCAGACUCGCAACCGCAAGAUGUCGAGCAAAUCCAAGAAGGGGCGCAAGCUGUCAGACGACCCCGACUUCGACCAAUCACGCACGGCCGCUCUCCUUGACGCCAAACAGGGGCCGCCGAUGUUCAGCGGCGGUGGCGGCGGCGGUGGCGGCGGCGGUGGCUUCUCAUCGAUGGGCCACCACCACCCACACCACCAUCCGCACCACCACCCGCACCACCACCACCCGCACCACCUGAGUCACGUGACCCACUUUGGCGCAGCAGCGAUGGGGGCGUCGGGUCACGUGAUGGGGGCGGCCGCCGGCGGCGGAGUUCAUGCGGGAGGGGGCGGCCUGGCAUUUGCCCCGUCGACGCAUCACUCCAGCAUGAUCACCGCCAUGGGUUAGGUUAUCGUUAGUCCAGUGUGGUCACUGCUACGGGUUAAUGCGAUCACCACCAUAAGCUCGUUUAUUGGACAGAUCACAAUCAGUCCACCAUCAUCGCCACCGUGGGCUGGAUCAGCAGCGAGGAAGCUUAUCCUGUGUGGAGGACAGAUGCAUGCCGCUACUUCAUUUCACACUGCAAGUGUCUUAGCCGGAUGAAUUGUGUGUUAGAGCGGGGGAGGGGGGAGGAUUUUGUUUUGUUGGCAUUACGUUGAUGAGCAAUGGGGAUUGUCAAAUUAACGAUGGCAUUGUUGGUGAACAAUGACUAUUGGUGAACAGCGGCACUGUGGUGAUGGACCAACUGCCUUCAGGUUCACUUGACCAGCAAUCUCUUCAUUUGGCCAUCCGGACUCAUGAACCCCGCGCUUAACAAAUUUAAGAAAAGACGCUAUGACCUUGUGACAAAAAUGCCACAUCCCGAUGAUGGGCGGCGGUACCUCCAAAUGAAGGACACCCACUCUUGACUUCCCAUAGAGUGCUGCUCGUUCCAUCUGCGAUGCUGAUAAUGAUGACGACGAAGAUGACGAUGCUGAUGAUGAUGACCAUGAUGGCAAUGCUGAUUAUGAUGGCGGAUAUGAUUAUGACGACGACAACAAUACUACCAUGAAGAUUACGAUGGACCCAGUCGAACCCGCAACCCUCCCAGCUCAGCAGCGCACCGCGUCGCCCGCCCACCCUGGCUCAUGUAUUAUGUUGGCGCUUGCCCCUGGAGAAUGGGCGUUGAACGGCAGCAUUGGAGCGGUGAGGAAUGGCCCACAGGGGGCUGUGACUUGUGGUUGCCAAAACGUCAAACCGUGGUGCCCGCGCGAUGACACCGGCGCUGCCCGUGCUUCGAUCGUUCGACCGGCAGCGGUUCAGAUUGUCCACCGUGAGGCGACUCCGCUGGCUUACUCACCAACCUCGACGCGAAUGCAGAAACGCUGACGAUCAACCCCCACCGCUGUACGCAAGAAGAAGUGUCCAUUCAGGUCUAUAGGUCUCUGUGUGGCUCUGUGAGUCUUUGUGCGAGUCUAUGGGUUUCUGUGCGAGUCUGGGUCUCCGUGCAAGUCUAUAGGUGUCAAUGCAACUCCAUGGUGUCCUGUGCGAGUCUAUAGGUCUCUGCGAGUCUAAAGGUCUCUUUGUAAUGAUGUGAAUCUCUGUGCAAAUCUAUGGGUCUCUGUGUGACUCCAUGGAUUUCUGUGUGAGUCUACAGGCCUCCGUGCGACUCUAUAGGUCUCUGUGGGAGCCUUUAUCUCACACAAUGGCCCACGUAAGUAGCACCACUGCCCACUUUGAUUAUUCUCGAGCAGUAGCAGAGGCAAUUUCAGUCACAAGCUUUUGGAAGAUGUGGGGCCACGGUGCUGUAGCCUAGCCACCCACUGGUGGCUAAGACAGCUGAGCAGGCUGCUGCCACCACGUGUAUGUACUGUAUGUAAUGUACCAAGCACCAGUUGUGUGUGUGUAAAUAUACACGGCCCUUGUACAUAUCCUAUUGCUUCGUGUAUAUUGCAGUGUCGUUAUGUACACACUGCCCAACCCCCCCGCCAACACGCUCACUGUCGUGUACAUAUAUAAUGUGUGUAAUGUAUAUUGUGAAUGCAAAUGCUUUUACGAGUCGCUCGCUUGCUCGCUCGUUCCAAACGGGAGUGUUUUCAUUUCAUUCCGCUCGAACGACGUAAAAUGUAGGAGCAAUCCUGGAAGAGAACUCGGUAACCACCACCCACCAUCUCGAUCCAUUAACUUGGUAACCACCACCCACCAUCGUGAUCCAUUAACUUGGUAACCACCACCCACCAUCUCGAUCCAUU